CGCCGCGCUGACGAGGCCCGUCGAGGUCCCCCUGGAGGUACACCUCCCGCCCCUUUUCCGCCUCUCUUAGUUUAAAUAUCUGCCUAAUUUGGGCAGCUCCUUAACGCUGAUGCUCAUUUGCAAUUCUUUUGUAGCUGCCAGCCCAUUCUUUUCCAGUUGUUCGGGAAGGUGAUUGCUCCAGGUUGGAGAGCUGGGGUGUGUGGGAGUCCGACGGGGUCUCAGCUGCAGCUUUGUCUUGGCGGGGGCUCCUCCCGGGCGAGGAGGGGAGAGCGGCUCCGAGGCACACGCCAGAGGCCCCGCGGGCCAGGUGCCGCAGGCUGUCCGCCUCUCCUCCUGCUGGCCCUGCUGUCCCCUCCGUGGGGGCCUCUGCGGGGAGCGGGUUCUGCGGGUACUGGGCCGUCCCGGGUCUGGGGUCCGAAGGCCUGCCCUGACCCGAUCACCUAAGAGGCGAUUCUUUUAUGUUGGACGUCUUUACCUGCCACUUCGCCUCUGCUCCUUUCUCCCCGGUUGCCUGGGAAGGGGGGACCCUCCCCCCGACAUUUGGAAUGGAGUGAAUACCUUCUCCCGACCACCCCUCCUUCCAGCCUCCAGUCCUCCAAGUUGCAAGUCCCAUCCCGGGAUUCUGGAUCAGAGGCCUGUGUGCGACCAGGACCUAGGGGACCGACACCUCUCGCAUCUCCACUCUCCCUUCGCAGAGGAUUUCCCCACCCGGCUGAGGCGAGGCCGAGCAUGGAGCUGUCCCCGCGCAGCGCGGCCGCGAUGCUGGAGCCCGACUGCCCGUGCCCCCUGGAGCUGAAGUCGGCCCCGGGCAAGAAGAUGUGGAUCAAGCUGCGGUCGCUGCUGCGCUACAUGGUGAAGCAGCUGGAGAACGGGGAGGUCAACAUCGAAGAGCUGAAGAAGAACCUGGAGUACACGGCGUCCCUGCUGGAGGCCGUCUACAUAGACGAGACGCGGCAAAUCUUGGACACGGAGGACGAGCUGCAGGAGCUGCGGUCGGACGCGGUGCCGUCGGAGGUGCGGGACUGGCUGGCGUCCACCUUCACCCAGCAGGCCCGGGCCAAGGGCCGCCGCGCCGAGGAGAAGCCCAAGUUCCGGAGCAUCGUGCACGCCGUGCAGGCCGGGAUCUUCGUGGAGCGGAUGUUCCGGAGAACGUACACGUCCGUGGGCCCCACCUAUUCCACUGUGGUCCUCAACUGUCUCAAGAACCUGGACCGCUGGUGCUUCGACGUCUUCUCCCUGAACCGGGCAGCAGAUGAGCACGCCCUGAGGACCAUUGUCUUCGAGUUACUGACUCGCCAUAACCUCAUCAGCCGCUUUAAGAUUCCCACUGUGUUUCUGAUGACUUUCCUGGACGCGCUGGAGACGGGCUACGGGAAGUACAAGAACCCUUAUCACAACCAGAUCCACGCAGCUGACGUCACCCAGACGGUGCAUUGCUUCUUGCUCCGCACGGGGAUGGUGCACUGCCUGUCGGAGAUCGAGAUCUUAGCCAUCAUCUUCGCUGCGGCCAUCCACGACUACGAGCACACAGGCACCACCAACAGCUUCCACAUCCAGACCAAGUCCGAGUGCGCCAUCCUGUACAACGAUCGCUCGGUGCUGGAGAACCACCACAUCAGCUCCGUCUUCCGAAUGAUGCAGGAUGAUGAGAUGAACAUUUUCAUCAACCUCACCAAGGAUGAGUUUGUAGAGCUACGGGCCCUGGUCAUCGAGAUGGUGUUGGCCACGGACAUGUCCUGCCAUUUCCAGCAAGUGAAGUGCAUGAAGACGGCCUUGCAGCAGCUGGAGAGGAUCGACAAGCCCAAGGCCCUGUCCCUGCUGCUGCACGCGGCCGACAUCAGUCACCCGACCAAGCAGUGGGCGGUGCACAGCCGCUGGACCAAGGCGCUCAUGGAGGAGUUCUUCCGCCAGGGCGACAAGGAGGCCGAGCUGGGCCUGCCCUUCUCUCCGCUGUGUGACCGCACUUCCACUCUGGUGGCACAGUCGCAGAUUGGGUUCAUUGACUUCAUCGUGGAGCCCACGUUCUCUGUGUUGACCGACGUGGCCGAGAAGAGCGUCCAGCCCCUGGUGGAUGACGACUCCAAGUCUAAGAACCAGCCCAGUUUCCAGUGGCGCCAGCCUUCCCUGGACGUGGAGGUGGGAGACCCCAACCCUGACGUGGUCCGCUUCCGCUCCACCUGGACCAAGUACAUUCAGGAGAACAAGCAGAAGUGGAAGGAGCGGGCGGCAAGUGGCGUCACCAACCAGAUGUCCAUCGACGAACUGUCCCCCUGUGAGGAGGAGGCCCUGCCCUCCCCGGCCGAGGACGAGCACAACCAGAACGGGAACCUGGACUAGCCCGGGGCUGGGCGGCACCAUCCCUCGGGACCGGCUCCCCCAUCUGCUCCAAGGGAGCCUGGAGGCCCAGGAACGCACGACCCACCCGAAGGCCGGACGCCAGAGACUGUGGGGGUGGGGGAGGGCCCCUCCCCACCCGACACCCACUGGGGCGCCCUUUAAUUUCCCAGCAGCAAGACUGGGGAACUUCAGGCUCCCAGUGGCCACUGUGCCCGUCCCCCGCCCCCGGACUCCCCCCGCCCCGUGGCCUGAGGGCUGGCUGGGAGAGGGGAGCUCCUCGGAGGCCUCUGGGCCCGGGGGGAGGGUCGGAGACGCCAGCCCCUGGGCCCUCCCCCAUCCUUUAUGCCUCCAAGUUUCUAAGCAAUACAUUUUGGGGGUCCCCUCAGCCCCCCCCAGAUCUCAGCUGGCAGGUCUGGGUCCCCCUUUCCCUCCCCUGGGAGGGGCUGCAGUAGGAUAGGGAGCUGGGGGUUGUCAGAGCCCUGAGCGCAGAGGGGGGACUCGGAGGGGCCUGGGAACGCGGGUGUCGUCUUUACCCCAGCCCUACGCUGCCCCUCCCCGCCCCAGCCCAGCCCCAGCCCAGCCUAAUCUUCCUUCCCUCCCAAUCUGAAGCGUGGACAGGGGAAGAAGGGAGGCCUUUUGGGGUCCUCAAGAGCUUGGGCUUGGCCUGGGGCCUGGGGCUUGUCGCCUGCCCGGUGUCCUGAGCCCUUUGCCCCCUCCGUCCGCCCCGGCGCCAGGAGGCUCCCAUCCGACCAAUGUCUGUAAAGUGCUCUGAGGUCUCCCCAGCCAAGCACCCUCAGGGUGUGUCUUAGGCGCACAGGCAGGGGGCGGCCGGUGGGGCCCGGGUGCGGGGAGGCUGAGCUGUGAUCCGGGCAUCCUGCAUUGCUCCCCCUGUUCUGGCCCCUCCCCGGGACGAGCGGGGCAGACGGGAGGGACCCGCCAGGCCUGGGCCCCCGCGUCUCCCCAGGCUCUGGAGCGGCCUCGUCCCAGGACAGGCCCCAGUCCGGGCGGCCGCCCUCCCCCUUCCUGUACAUACCACCCUGCACUUGUACAGUGGGCCCUGUGGCGUGACCAUAUCCACGGUCUCCUCGACCCUGCCCCCCGCCCCCACCCCAAGUGGGGCAGAGACGCAUGUGACUCACCCCUGCCCCGGUCUCCCGGAACCCUGCUGUAGCCAGAGAUCAAUAAAGAAGGGAGACCGCCUGGCUGUGACCGUGUCUGCUGGGUGGGGGCCCACCGAGCUUCUGCCCGGCGCGCGCUCUCUUGAAGCCCAGAAACCCCGGCUGCGGUGCUGUCCCUAUUGCGCACGAGGGUGGGCGGCCGCGGGGAGAGCUGGGGUCGGGCGGGGGCACGGAGGAGCACCCGGCACCUGGCACGUCCUGCUCCCCCAGGGCUGCUUCUGUGAGGAAGGCCAGCCUCGCCUCCCGCUUCCCCUCCCCACUGCAGCCCCGGAAAAGUCAAAGCAGCGGGUAGGAGAGGCCUGGCUGCCCCGCAAAGUGUCUUCCCCUGGGCUGGUGUCGUCCAGGACGAGGGACACGGCGGGUCCCGGGUCCUUGAGUCCCAGCAAGGGCCUCUGUGUUCCCAACCACGGUGCUCUCGGCCACCUUGGCUACCAGGUGGGACCCCGGGUGGGCUACCGGGUGGUGGCGGCCUCGGAGCCGGACGGGGUCCCGGCCUGGAGUGCGGAAUCACGGAGGCGGGGCAAGGAGGGUCCCCGCGGCACUGACAGGUGC